AUGGGCAAAGGAUCCUGCUACUGUGGUAAAAUCACCUUUUCCUACGAGGGUGAACCAAUCAACAAGGUAGCAUGCCACUGCACCGACUGCCGCAAAAUCUCCGGCUCGGCCUACAGCACCAACAUCGUCAUUCCCACCUCUUCUUUUUCCCUCCUCACUGGCACUCCCAAGAAAUACUCUGCAAAAGCAGACUCAGGUCGUACUGUAACGACAGUGUUCUGCGGUGACUGUGGAAGCAGUUUGUGGAGAGUAGGGGAUAUGAGUGAGGAACAGGGGAUUAUGGUUGUGAGGGUUGGCGUGUUGGAUGAUGAGAAGGCGGUAGAUGUUAAUAAACCGAAGGCAGAGGUUUAUACUUGUGAGAGGGCUGGUUGGGUGGGCAAAGUAGAGGGGUCGGAGCAGAUUGAGAAGUUCUUUUAG